AAUUUCAUGGGAUCUCUUUAAAAUACCAUUCUGAAUGUUUGAGUCAAAACAAACUAUUGAAGACAAAGUAGAUUUGAACCACUGAAAAUUUAAGAAGGUUUUACAGUCUUGGUUCUUGAGCAUCCUCAUGGCUAAAUCAUUACUGUUUUUAGGAUUUGUGAUGGCAUUAAUGGUGGGUUUUGCAGUUUCAGACAUUGCAAGUGACCAGAGAGAGUGUUUUUCUAAGCUUUAUCAGUUAAUUCCAUGUAUUUCUUAUGUGCAAGGCUUUGACAAGAGCCCCACAGAAGCCUGUUGUAAUAACCUUGUUCAGCUCUACUCUGCUUCUCCCAAGUGCCUGUGCCUCCUCAUGAUAAAUGAGUCCAAUGCAGUUGGAAAUGGGAUAAAUAUCAACCACACUCUGGCUUUGCAUAUGCCUGAGGCUUGUCAAAUGGAAGCCAAUAUCUCUACAUGCCCAGGUCUUCUUCAUAUUUCUCCAUAUUCUCCAGAGGUCAAGGGAUUCAAGCUGAACACCACCUCAGCUUCUGCUCCUCAAGUUGCUGUUGGGUUCUCUUCUUCUCCAACUGAUAGCCCUCCAAUUACUUCCAGUUCAGGUUUUCAAGUGAAGACAGAAGAGACAUUGGCUAUUUUCAUCAUGGCUUUCCUGUUGAACAAUUUUAUUAAUGCCAUCAUUGAGUUUCCUUCUGUGUUGUAGAUUGGUUGGGUAUACUCUGUAAUAUGAACUAGUCAUGCAGGUAACUUGGAGUUAGGGUUUGUUUAAUAGGAUCUAUGGUUAUACCAUAUAGAUUGGUGAACAGAGUUUGAUUACUGCAUAUUACUGUUCUUAACUAUUUUUAGGUAUUAUGGGCUACUGAAUAUUUGAGAAAUAGUAUCCUUCACUAUAUGAUCUAAACUAAAUACUUUACAUAUA